AUGUGGAAGAUUUCAAGCCUUCAUUGCCUUUUAGCACUAGCUUUUUUAUGUUUAAGAAGCUUAAUAUAUGGCCAAGAGAUAGGUUCUCCAUGGCACCCUCAGAAUUUGAAAUGUGUAACGCACAAUUUUCAUACAAUGAUCUGUACUUGGGCUGUCUCUUCUAAUAGAAGACACGGGCAAACUGACUUUUGCUACACUACUGAUGACCUCCCUUCUCCACUGUGUUUUAAAACUAAGGAGAAAAGGGUCGAGAUUCCAGUCCCAGAGAGCUCCAGCAUGGUGACAAUAAACACAAUCAGCCUUUCUGGAACUGCUUUUGCUACCAAAGAAUUUAGAAUUCACAAGAAAGACAUCUCGUUUGUUCCUCUCACUCCACGCAUUCUUAGUUUAACACCUGACUUCUCGACUUCCACAUUAAAUCUGAAGUGGAGUGAUAAUGGAUCAAUCUUCCCCUAUGGACUGGAUGCCUUCUGGCAGAUUCAGAUACUCCGUAAAGAAACAAUGGAGAAAGUCACACAAGUAAUUUACUAUUCAAAACUGACACGAGAAGAUGUCAUUCUCUCUUGGAACUGGACAUCGGAUAUGCCUUUGGAGUGUACAUCGCACUAUGUGAAGAUUCGUUCCUAUAUCAAUGUAACACAGUUUGUUGGCCCCAAGGACUGGAGUGACUGGAGCGCAAUAGAAGUGGUCCCUGGAAAAGAUACUGAGCCCAGUGGGAGUGGGAUGUUUCCUGAGGACUCUGUGGUGGCAGUAGGUUCAGAUGUGACGUUUUGCUGCAUCCAUGAAGAAGGACAAGAGAUAGAACAGAUGAAGUAUGGACGAGAAAUAUACCCAAUGAUACGUCUGAGCAGUCGGAGCAGUGCCAUCAGAGUGCUGAAUGCCAGUGCUUCAAAUGCCAGUGGGACAAAUGUAGUGUGCAGACUGUCUGAAUGUGAGAUGCAUGGAACUGUCCUGUUUGUCGGAUAUGCCCCUGAUAUUCCCCAAAACCUGAGCUGUGAAACGUCCGACUUCGUGACAAUAAAAUGCACCUGGAAACCAGGCAGACCCAGUGGACUAUACGGAAAACGAGGAACAAAGUACAGUUUAUUUGAAAGAAUGUCUGGUAAAAAUGUUUCAUGCAAAGUUGAUGAAACAAACCGAGAGCGUGUUUGCAACUUUUCCGUCCGUCCUGAUCAAAAUACCUACAGUUUCAUACUGGGCGUCUCCAAUCCUAUCGGGCAAGCAGAAUCAUCGCUUUUGAUUGAUUUAACUCAACGAGUUCAUCCAAAAGCUCCAGAAAUGUUAACUUUUUCUGGGACCAACUCUACAAGUGUCCUUCUGCAUUGGUCUAUAAAUGGCAACUUUUCCAAGAUCAGGCUGCUGUGUCAAAUUGAAAUUAGAAGUGGUCACUCUGAGCAAAAAAUCGUAAGUGUUGCUUUUAAUGAACUGGGUUCAGGGGGGCUCUCAAAUGUUGCUUUUUUCACUGAA